GGUGGGGCGGGCGAGGAGGUGUGCAAGGUUGGCCAAGGUCGGGCUGUGCCGCCGUAACUGCCCAGCGCAGAAAUCACAGUCCGCGAUGCCGGGUCUGGGAGGAGGAGCCCGAUCUUCCCGUCUGCGCACCCUCCUUGGGGGAUAGAGUCAAGUCCCAGCUCAAACUGCCUGCGGCUCCACCCUUGUCCAGCUGACCUCUCCUCGGAGGGAACAGAGUCUGGGUCAGCUCCUUGCCCUAUCGCUAUCCCUCCAGGAGAGAGAGCAGCCGCUGGCUCCCCACUGCAGGGCCUAGAGGUCUUCUAGCUGCACACGACCCCCAACCUGGACCUGACAUCUCUUUGCUCCAGCCUGGGGACUCACCCACUCUUAGGGGGGCCUGGCCUUUCUGUCCCCCAGAUCAUCUGCCAGCUCAGCAAACCCUGCCCCUCUAACACCAAUCAGUGCUUCACCACAUCUCCCUGUUUUCUAGUUCCCUUGGGGUUGGAGACUUUGGUGUCCACUGCCUAUCCAUCAAAACCAUACAUGGAGAUGAUAGAUGGGAGAGAGAAAGGCAGAGGCCCCUGGAAUUCAGAGGGACUCAGCGAUGUUCCUAUCAGCCAGCCCCUAGACUGUCUCCUGUUUCCCAGUUGGCCCAGACCUGGUCCCCAGGGCCCAGAAAGACCUCGCUCAGUGCCCAGAGCUGUUACAUUCAUACCAGUAGCCUAGGCUCCUCAGGGCAACUUCACCCAGCUGGGUCAUGGGAUCCCUGCCCCUUCCAAUGCUCCCUGUUCUCUCCCCAGGCCAGAGGCGUCCUUAAUGCUCCUGUCAGACUGGCAGGAAAGGAGGCUGGGCAGGUCAGAGGACCACAGUGGAGGCCUCUGCCUUUCUCUCUCAUCAUCCCUUAGCUAGUGCUGUUUAUCCUGCAGACUGCCACCUCUUCCAUGCCUGCCUCACACUCAGACCCCCUGAAAACCUUCUGCUCACCUCUGGGACUGCUGCAGACUCAGCUCAUGUUGGAAUGAGUUCCAUCCUCAGGCAUCUGUGCCUUUUUGAGUCUUUCUCCCCUAGCAGCCCUGGUAUCUUCCCUGGAGAGGAAGCCGUGUGGAGGCUCAGGCAGCGCCUCCCAGUCCUGUGGCAUGUGCUUGGCUGCCCUGGCCCAUCCUGUUUGAGACCUGCCUCCUGAAUCCUGACUCUGUCCAGCCCUUCCUGUGGGGCUGGCAUGCACACUGCAACCCCAAGUUAUUUCCCUGAAGACCCUGCUGCUUCUAGCUCAUCCCCCAAAAUUACCUCCCUUAACUGCCUUUUGUUCCACCUGCAAACCAGAUGGGGAAGCAAGACCCACUCAAGGAGAAUUGGUGGUGGGAGGGGGUGGUCACUGUGCCCUGUGCUGUCCCAGGUUGUCUACACUUCCUUUGGAGAGUCUGCACCCCUUUCAUAUUUUGAGUCCCACAGCACUGGAUAUGCGCUGCAGCACCACACUAUCUGGCUUGGGCAGUUGAGGGGUCUGCUGCAGAAAGGUCCCCUUCAUUGGCCGGGGGGACUAUGGGGCCCCCCCUAGAUAUGAGAUGUCCCUUCUCUGCCCUAGUUGCGUGCAGAGGCAGUGUAGUAUACAAGCAUGGAUUCUGGAGGCAAACUACCUGAGGUCAAGUCUUGACUUUUUCAUCUCAAACAAAUCCCUUGAUUUCAUUGUGCCUCAGUUUCCUCAUCUGUAAAAUGGGGGAUAAGAUCACUACUUACUUCAUAGGGUUGCUGUGAGGAUUGAUUGAGGUAAACCUACAAGGCAAUUAAAACAAUGCCUGGUACCCAGCAGGUGCUAUGUUCCUCCAGGAGGCCCACCCCCCAAGUGACUGCGCCCUAUGAGCUGCUGUCUAGUUCUUUGGGAGAUGAGGAGCCACAAUAAGGUAGUCCUUAGCCAGGAAAAAUAUGAUCAACCGGGAUCAAGAAUCAAGGGGCUCCUUCUGGUGUCUCUGAAGCACUCAGACUUAUGUUCCAUUGCCCCGGCCUCCUCCUUCUAACCCACUUGCUCUGCUCUCUCCAUUCUGGCCAGGCCUGCACUGGCUUCUUCAGCAGGUCCUCAGAAGUGCCCGAAAGGACACUACCUCCCAGGGCCCUGCUCUCACUGAACACAUCCACCUCCACUAGCUUUUCCUACACCUCAUCUCUCCUGCUCCGCUGUAAGAACUCGCUUUUGUAAAAGUGGAAGGCAAGCUGUAGGAAGGGCCUCAUCUUGGCCCCAGGAGAUCUUGGCUCCAGUCCUAGCUGUGCCUCUACUUACGUUGUGAUCCUGAGCAAGUCCCUUUUUCUCUCUGGGUCUGUUUUCUCAUCCAUGGGAUCGCAAUACUUAUUUCACAGGGGAUGUUGUGAGAUAAAACACUAAUGGGCACAGGAGCUCUAGGUUGGCUACAAAGCCAGUCCUCCAAGAGAUAAUGGUUCCAGAGCCAUCAUAGCAGAUUGGGGUGGCCAGCCCCUUACCCAUCGUAAUUAUGUUUCAAAGCUGUUUGUCCUUGAGAUCCCAGGCCCACACUGCACAGACACACACUGAUCUUAACUUUUUCGUGCCAUAGGCCACUUCGGCAAUCAGGUGAAGCCUGUGCAGCCCUUCUCAGGAUCUUAUUUUUAAAUGUAUAAGAUAAAAUAUGUAGGAAUUCAAAGGAAGCAAAUUAUAUGAGACGUGAUUCUAUCCUUGGUCCUUUAGUUAAAAACCUUUGGAUGUUUUCUCUAAAACAGAGGUUCUCCUCACACACACUCUGCUCCCCCUCUUUCCAAAUGAAGAACAACUUGUCUGUGCCCAUAUUUCAGCUCAUCUACACUCACACAUUCUCAUGAUUUAUUCUCUGUGGUGUGACUUUAGGCAAGUCCCUCUGCGGUUCAGUUUAUUGUUAUUAUUCUUGCUGUGCUUGUUUGUGCUAAUGACUGGCUUUGCCUGUGACUCACUGUCAGUGCUGGCGACUGGAUCUGCAGGGAAGCCAAUGGAGGAACUCUUCAGAGGCAGAGGAAAAGAGAGGCGUGAGUCAGGCCUCUGGGUGGGGUUCUGACCUUGGCACACAGUAGGGGCUCAAUAAAUCAUUGCUGGGUGAAUGAAAGGGAAGUUGUAACUUCCAUGAAAGGUCCCACUGUUCCCCAGCACACUGGCAGCACAGUUUUGUAUAAAGUUGCAAUCAUUCUCAUCUAUUAAUGAAAGCAAGCCGGCGUUAAUGAACUCAUUUUAAGAUCAGCAUUUUUUCAAGAAUUCCAUUCUCCUUCGGAACCUUGGAGAUUAUUCCACUCAGGUAGGGAAAGUGAGAGAAGGAAACAGGCCUGCCUGAGGUUCACAAGUGAGGCAACAGCCAGUCGAGUCACGAUGAAUUCGUUGAGAAAUUGGGGUAAAAUAUUCGGCGGGCUCGGUUGUGUGGUCCAGGCUCCAUCCCCGGCUCCGCCCCAUCCCGUCCUCCGCUGGACUCCGCAGCCCAGCCGGCGGCCCACUGGGACGCCCCUCCUCAGCUCAAUCUCGCCCGCCCAGACCUCGGGUGUUUACCCGGACCCCAGCUGGUGUUUAGAAUUCGUGACUCUGGCUCCACCUCCCGGUCAGGCCCCGCCCCGACACCGCCUCCAAAGUCGAGGUUCCGUCCCUCUCUGCCCCAACAUCGCCUUUCCAGUGAGGGACCAUCCCCGGGUUAGCCCACUGGGCCCUGGCUCCGCCCCCGGCCGGCUUCCUGGAUAUUGUAUGCCUCCACGUCUCCUGUCAGACCCCGCUCCUUCCCCUCCCCACCUCUUUGGCUCUGGCUCCGCCCUCGAUCUGCUUUCGGGGCAGUUUUACGCCACUGUUCUGCUUCCUGGGUAAAGAAUUUGUCCCACUCCGCCUCCAGGUCUCGGCUCCUCCUCCGGGUUGCCCCGCCUCCCUUGUUCUGGCUCCUCCUCUCCCCUCCUAGAUUCCGUUCUGGUCCCACCUCCCUGGGCAUCACUCCCGCCCCCCCGGGACUGGAUUUCCCUCUCGCCCCGCCCCCAGAGCCGAGGACACGCCCCUUUGGGCCCGGCCCCGCCUCCUGGAUUCUAGCUCCGCCCCUCUACGCCUGGACUCCGCCCUGCUCCCCGCCUCGGCCGGCUUCUGGAGGCUGCGGCGCUGUCCCGGGCCAGGCUCGCGGGUGGCAGGGGCACUGCGGGGCAUCAUGCAGUGCCUCGGGGUCCGGAGGCGGAGCCGCUCCAGAGAGCUCUACCUGCAGGAGCAGAGUCUCAAAGUGGCGGCGCUCAAUGGGCAGAGGCUGGGCCUGCAGGAUGACAAGGACCUACAGGCACUGCUGAAGGGCGGCCAGCUCCUGAAGGUGAAAUCUAGCUCAUGGCGGAGGGAGCGCUUCUACAAGUUGCAGGAAGACUGCAAGACCAUCUGGCAGGAGUCCCGCAAAGUCAUGCGGACCCCGGAGUCCCAGAUGUUUUCCAUUGAGGACAUUCAGGAGGUGCGGAUGGGGCACCGCACAGAAGGCCUUGAGAAGUUUGCCCGUGAUGUGCCCGAGGACCGCUGCUUCUCCAUUGUCUUCAAGGACCAGCGCAACACGCUAGACCUCAUCGCCCCAUCGCCAGCUGACGCCCAGCACUGGGUGCAGGGUUUGCGCAAGAUCAUCCACCACUCGGGCUCCAUGGACCAGCAGCAGAAGCUGCGGCACUGGAUCCACUCCUGUUUGCGAAAAGCUGAUAAAAACAAGGACAACAAGAUGAGCUUCAAGGAGCUGCAGAACUUCCUGAAGGAGCUCAACAUCCAGGUGGACGACAGCUAUGCCCGGAAGAUCUUCAGGGAAUGUGACCACUCCCAGACAGACUCCCUGGAGGAUGAGGAGAUUGAGGCCUUCUACAAGAUGCUGACCCACCGGAAAGAGAUCGACAGCACCUUUGCCAAGGCCGCGGGCGCCAGGGAGACCCUGUCGGUGGAUCAGUUAGUGGCAUUCUUGCAGCACCAGCAGCGGGAGGAGGCGGCAGGGCCUGCACUGGCCCUUUCCCUCAUUGAGCGCUAUGAGCCCAACGAGACUGCCAAGGCUCAGCGGCAGAUGACCAAGGACGGCUUCCUCAUGUACCUCCUAUCGGCCGAUGGCAGCGCCUUUAGCCUGGCGCACCGGCGGGUCUACCAGGACAUGGGCCAGCCGCUCAGUCACUACCUGGUGUCCUCCUCGCACAACACCUACCUGCUGGAAGACCAGCUCACCGGGCCCAGCAGCACUGAGGCCUACAUACGGGCGCUGUGCAAAGGCUGCCGCUGCCUGGAGCUCGACUGCUGGGACGGGCCCAACCAGGAGCCAGUCAUCUACCACGGUUACACUUUCACCUCCAAGAUCCUCUUCUGCGAUGUGCUCAGGGCCAUCCGAGACUAUGCCUUCAAGGCGUCCCCCUACCCUGUCAUCCUGUCCCUGGAGAACCACUGCAGCCUUGAGCAGCAGCAGGUGAUGGCGCGACACCUGCGCACCAUUCUGGGACCCAUGUUGUUGGACCGGCCGCUGGAUGGGGCUACCACCAGCCUGCCUUCCCCUGAGCAACUUAAGGGGAAGAUCUUGCUGAAGGGGAAGAAGCUUGGGGGGCUCAUGCCCGCCGGAGGGGAAGGCAGCCCUGAGGCCACUGUGUCAGAUGAGGAUGAGGCUGCGGAGAUGGAGGAUGAGGCAGUGAGGAGCCGAGUGCAGCACAAGGCCAAGGAGGACAAGCUCAGGCUAGUGAAGGAGCUCUCCGACAUGGUCAUUUACUGCAAAAGCGUCCACUUUGGGGGCUUCUCCAGCUCUGGCACCCCAGGGCAGGCUUUCUAUGAGAUGGCGUCCUUCUCUGAGAACCGUGCCCUCCGACUGCUCCAAGAAUCAGGGAACAGCUUUGUCCGCCACAACGUGGGUCACCUGAGCAGGAUCUACCCAGCUGGGUGGAGAACGGACUCCUCCAACUACAGCCCCGUGGACAUGUGGAACGGGGGCUGCCAGAUCGUGGCCCUGAACUUCCAGACACCCGGGCCAGAGAUGGACGUGUACCAGGGCCGCUUCCAGGACAAUGGGGCCUGUGGGUAUGUGCUGAAGCCUGCCUUCCUACGAGACCCCAACUCCACCUUCAACUCAUGUGCCCUGGCUCAGGGCCCCUGGUGGACUCAGAAGAAGCUCAGUGUCACGGUCAUCUCAGGGCAGCAGUUGCCAAAAGUCAAUAAGAAUAAAAAUUCGAUUGUGGACCCCAAGGUGACAGUGGAGAUUCAUGGCGUGGGCAAAGACACAGCCAGCCGCCAGACCCCCGUAGUCACCAAUAAUGGUUUCAACCCGUGGUGGAACACGGAGUUUGAGUUUGAGGUGGUUGUGCCUGAGCUUGCCCUUGUGCGCUUUGUGGUAGAGGAUUAUGAUGCCUCCUCCAAGAAUGACUUCAUUGGCCAGAGCACCAUCCCUCUGAGCAGUCUCAAGCAGGGAUACCGUCACGUCCACCUCUUGUCCAAGAAUGGAGACCAGCACCCAUCUGCCACCCUCUUUGUGAAGGUGUCCCUCCAGGACUAGGCUUGGGGGGGUCUGGUGGUAGCUCCUCGAGUGGGCCAGGCUCUCUGUCCACGUCUGGGGUUCAAGACAGGUAUGGCUCUCCCACCCUUUCGCUCAGAGCUAGAGGCCCCGCACUGCCUUCAGCUCUAACGUACUGUCCAUGCUGCUGCCUCUUUGGGGUCUCAGGAGCAGGUCCAGACCCUGGAGCUGUCCUCAAUUCCGUUAGGAAGAACACUGCAGCCCUCUCCGCCCUCUGGCCAGCCCUAGGUUGAGGGUUUUUAUAAAAAUCUUAAGACUAA